AUCGAUGAAAGAUGGUAGGCUAAGCCUCAUAACAAAUAGCCCCUAUCAAUAAUAAUGUAAGUCUCCCGUGAAUAUACAGGUAAGAAGUAACACUUUGGCAAACCAAAUAACAACAUGUCGCAAACUUACAGUAACAAAAACACGCUACACUUCAGGCUAUCAAAACUGAACUACCGCUGAGAACACACAGGCCCAGGUGUUGAUCAAAUGGCAUGACGUCACGACAUCUUUGGCUACACUUCCUGGUCGGUGUUCUCUGCUGUGGAUAAUCGUGGAACUGAAACGGUCCAGCAGAAGCUGCAAGAACGGGGAACCUCGAGGCACGUGCUUGGACCGAGAACAUGUUCAUGUUAAGAUACUCAUUACAUACCUACACAUAGUUGCAUCGGUACGCGAGGUUUGCUACUGUCGCUAUUUUGACAGUAAUCAAGCCAGCGAGAGCUGUCGCGAUGGUGUAACCAUGGACAGCAGAAUAAACGAAAAACCAGACAGAACAUUCGAUCUAGUGUUGCAGGUGGCAUGCCCUGCGUCUGAAAAUGAAGAUCCAGCCGUGCUGUGGAAGUUCCCCCAGGACUUCGGAGACCAGGAGGUCCUCCAGACUGUGCCAAAGUUCUGCUUCCCUUUUGAUGUGGAGAGAGUGUCCCCAAAUCAGGUGGGCCAGAACUUCACAUUUGUGCUUACGGACAUCGAGAGCAAGCAGAGGUUCGGCUUCUGUCGGCUGACGUCCGGAUGUCGCAUCUGCAUCUGUUUGCUUAGUUAUCUCCCUUGGUUUGAGAUUUACUACAAGCUGCUGAAUACACUGGCCGACUACUUAACAAAACAACAGGAAGAUGACUUGAAUGACAUGUUAGAAUCACUGCACAGACUACCCGUGCCAAAGCCCAACACUCCUGUCAAUCUGAGUGUGAAUGAGUGGUUGCAUAUUUCCACGGGGCAAGUAGCGAACGCUUCGGGAAGCCAAGAACCGCACUCGUACUUCAUUGCUCCUGAUAUUAAUGGACUUCCCACCAUACCUGAGAGUAGGAACCUGACGGAGUACUUUGUGGCAGUGGACGUGAACAACAUGCUCCAGCUGUACGCCAGCAUGCUGCACGAGCGGCGCAUCAUCAUUACCUCAAGCAAGCUUAGCACUUUAACUGCAUGUGUUCACGGUGCUGCCUCAAUGCUGUUCCCAAUGUACUGGCAACACAUAUACAUCCCUGUGCUCCCGCCUCAUCUGCUGGACUACUGCUGUGCGCCCAUGCCAUAUUUGAUUGGUGUUCAUCUGAGUCUCCUAGAGAGAGUGAAGAGCCGGUCACUGGAAGAUGUGGUGAUCCUAAACGUGGACACAAACACACUGGAGAGUCCUUCAGAUGAUCUGCGAAACCUACCCAGUGAUGUGGUCUCCAGUCUGAAGGGGAAGCUGAAGAAGCAGUCGACGGCGACGGGGAGUGGGGUGGCCCGGGCCUUUCUGCGCUCUCAGGCGGCCCUGUUUGGCUCCUACCGGGACGCCCUGAGAUACAAACCCGGUGAGCCAAUCACAUUCUGCGAGGAGAGUUUUGUGAACCACCGUUCCAGCACCAUGCGAACAUUCCUGGAGACUGCUGUCAAUGCUCAGCUCUUCAAACAGUUCAUCGACGGCAGACUGGCCAAAUUAAAUGCAGGCCGGGGCUUCUCCGACUUGUUUGAGGAGGAGAUCACAGAGGGCGGCUUCUGCGGAAGUAACACCAGGUCGUACCAGCAGUGGAUGGUGGGUUUUUCUAAGAAGGGAGGAAAUUUACUCAAUUCAGCAAUGUUCAAGACCAAGAGUCACGUCAAGCAAGGCUUUAAGGAGAUGCGGAGCCGACUGAAGCAAAGGCCAGGUGAAGAUGACGAUGGGUCAUGUGGUGGCGGCUCCCCUACCAGCACUAAGAGUCUCUCGCCGCGAAGGCUGCAGAAAAGAAGGAAGGCCUCUCCUCACCAAGUUAACCCUCUCAACUGCAUGGACGCUCUUCUGCUAAGAGUGACAGGAGUUAGGAGCGCAGAGGACGUCUUUAAUUACGACAGCAAGCUCGCCAUCGGCUGUCCAGAGUACACCUUGGAUGAGGACGAGCAGGACAGUGCCAGCAAGAUCUCGUCGGAAGACAGCGGGGAGAUGCCCUCACACACGGAGGACAGUGACGACUCGUACGAGCUGGAGGCGGACGUGGCGCCGUCCUCGGGCAAGAUGACCCUCCUGGAGGAGAUUCUGGACUCGCUGAGCAGCACCAGCAUUCAGGAGGGCCGCCUUGCUGCCGCCAAGAGCCUGGACUUCCUGCGCUCAAUGGAGGACCUGGACUUCAAGUCCACGAAGAGGCCCAGCCCAUCCAGUGAGAGCCAGCAGGCCUGUGGCGACAGCAGCAGCAGCAGCAGCAGUGGCGUUGGGGCGGGUGGAGGAGGAGGAGGCGGCGGCGGAGGUGGUGGGGGCUCGUCUGGUCGCUCUGCGGAGUCCAGUGGGGGCUGGCUCCUGGGCCAGGACGACAGCGCCGUGCACGGCAAACACCUGCCCCCAUCGCCGCGCCGCCAACCCAGCUACAGAUCAUCCACGGCCACGACCACAGCCGUGCCCUCGCUGCGGCCUCGGGCCCACACCGACGCCCCCGCCACACACGCCCCCUCCGCACACACUCUGUCAGUACAUGCCAGCAGCGCUGCCCAAGCGCCCAACCCCCGUACGGCACCAGCUCCUCCCAGCCCCGCUCCCCGAACACCACCGUCGCCACUUACACCAGAUGCCCUCAAGCCCCCAGCGCUCCUCCAGUCCACUCCAGAGAGGGACCCUCUGCUCUCUCCGUCCCCCAGGGGAGGUCACCUGUCCAGGGCUGCAUCUCCUAGCCGGGCUCCAGAGCCCCAGAGCCAACACACGCCGCGCGGGGUGUUUCGCAGGAGAGUCCUCUCCAAAGAGAGGCUGAAGCAGCGGGAUGGAGUCCGGCAGAGCGCCGCCCUCAUCCCCUGGCAGAGGGACGCUACUGACCGGGACUGGGAGGGCGAUGAUGACCCGGAGGUAAUGCUAGGAGGGAAGGUGCAGGAGAAAGGCUUACUGGAGGAGAUUGACUCCUUGUGCAGCCUCAGCUCCCUCAACACCAGCCUACAGCUCACGCAGGUGCACAACAACACAGACGAGAGCUGAGCAGACUAACGGAUGUACACACACACCUCACACACACACACACCUGUUAUACAGUAUAUACACCAGAUAUACACCAGCUAACAUCUCUUACAGGUACACACAACGCAAGUGCUUAGCUGAGAGCUGAAUGUUAUUUCUCUCUCUCACACAAACAUACAUACACACACACACACACUGUCUAAUGCAGGCUCUUAUGCAGGUAUAUAAAACUCAUAUUCACCUUCAAACCAGCAUAAAACCCAUUAAGCACAGACACCAACACACACACACACAAGUUACAAGUUGUUCUCCACUCACAUACAUGUGUACACUCGCUCUCUUACACACAAUCACACUCACACACACACACGGUACACAAACAUACAGACAUUUUAAGGUCUUUUCUGUCCAACUGCCAGUUUCAUGUAAUGUCCUGCUGUACAUGUCUGUUGAACUUCAGAAUGUCUAUAUCUGAAACAUGCACUCUUCUUCGUCCUUCGACUAUUAUCUGCAUCAAUGCAAACACUGUUGAGCUGAAGGAAAUCAGAACGAAUUGCAACCGUGUAGUUACGCUAGACAUAGUAUUUUAAAGUGACUGUACUCAUUUAAAAAGGGACUCCCAUUCUCUCUCUUACCCCAAUAAUAUUUCCCUCAUAUAGAGGAGUUAUGUAGUAACCCCAUUGCAAUGACUUGCACUUGUUCAGAAGGGUACUUCACACAUCACUGUUGCAUUUUGAGAGUGAAAUCACUGUUUCCUCCCAAUUGGUAUAUUUGAAACGACUAUAGACAAGUUCCAAAUUAUUAAAAAGAAUCCUCCACCGUAAGGUCACACCAUGUACUGCGAUGCCUUAAAGAGGAUGUUUUAAUUAGCUUUUUGCAACGCUGUAAUGUUAACAUGCGGCAGUCGGAAUAUGGUACUGUGAAAAUGUGUAGGUUUAAGCAGAGUCUUUAUUAUUAUUAUUGUAGAGUUAUAUAUUUAUGUACUAGAGGCAUGAUGGGAUUCUCAGGUCAUCAGUUAGAAAGAAAGCGGCCCUAGUAACAGGCAUCAGAGAGGGAAGUAUGAACAAGUGUAAUUUUCUAGAGAACAAACAGUAUUUCAUCCGUCUCCUUUGCCAUGCCCUCAUAGACAAGUAGGUCGUCUCAUUUCAAAACGGGCCAAAAAAAGUAGCCAAAUAUAGUUGAGCCUGUUACCUAUCCAAGCACUUUUUUUUUUUUUUUUUUUUUUUUUUUUUAAGAAAAACAAUCCUCUCUGUCCUUUUCCCUACCUGAACACAGCAUCUCUAAUAGAAUGAAAACAUGUCAAGUUAAAGUAUUGAAUAUAAAGUAGUGUUGAGGAAAAGUACAUAUAAAGUAGUGUUGAGGAAAAGUACAUAUAAAGUAGCGUUGAGAAGUCCUUCUGGAGAAAUUAGUGUAUGAGUGCAUUUCUUCCUCUUCCACCCUACAGACUGAUGGAGACGUGUCUAGGAUGUCUGCUGUAGCUGUCUUGGUGCAUUGUAAAGAAGCAAUACUCUUUUUUUUUUGUGUGUGUGUAGUCAUGUAGGGGCAAGCUUUUUCAGGGAUUUUCACAUUCAGCUACCUAUAUAGCCACAUCCCCAGUUCCCACCCCAGAAGGAACGGGCUGUUUCAGCUCAACACCAGGUCUGGCUGAAGGCAAACUCCAGUGCAGUUUUGCCCAGGGUCAGUGCUGGGUUCAUCCCUCUGGAUGGAAUGUGUAGGCUCAUUUUCCCCCCCUUUGGUUUCUCCUUUUGCCCUUUUAACCAAUUUAUGUGGUAUGCCAUUCCUCGAGACACUUUAAUGAUGUUUUCCAUCCCCUCCUGGGUACUGCCCUGUGGUGUUUGACCCGCUCAUAAAGCUGUCAGCCUUUUUAUUUUGUUAUUUUUGCAGUUAAAAGACCUAUUGUGGUCAGUCGGUUAGCUUAAGGAAAAGUUAGCGAUGCCCCCGCAAUGCCAGUUGCCCCCCCCCCUAAUCGUGUUGCCAGUAGGGUGAGCAGACUCACUCAAGAUGAGUCUGGGGAAUCUGUGAUUCGAGCUCAACCAAAACUUUUACAUGAACUAUGCAAGGGUCAUUAUUUCUCUGCGAUCCCAAUCAAAAUGAUUUUUUCCCCCUUACUGACCCUUUAAUGACAAUAUUAUACGUUUUUAACGUAGAACUGUUGUAAGGGAAUGAGCCUUUAAUGACUCACAUAAGACAAUUAUUGCUUUGUACACUGAUAUAUAUUAUGCAAAUCAUUGUUACCGGUGUAAAAACAACAGUUAAAGCUAUGUUAAGAAAAAGAAAUGAACCAGGAAUGGUGAGGGUCAUGGUCAGACACUUUUCCAGUUUAAACACCCGCUAGCAUCACAUCCUCUGUUCACCAUUAUGAAUUCAUCAUUGAUUGUACUGUUGUGGCUGGUCAAGUGUGUUUCGCAUGCCUGGGAGCUGCAUGCCAGAUCUGUGGUCCCCACCGAACCAAUGCGCUUGCCUCCGCACGUACACGUGUCAUGCACACACACACACACACACACACCCACACACAUACACACUUGUGCUUAGUGGUAAGGACACGGUCAGACAGGGCUGAGGCUGUCUAGUUGCUGGAGAGCUGCCGUGUGGCGGGGCGGGCUUUUCAUCAAGCCCCUGUCGCCAACUGACAUCGUUGGCUCAAGAGUGCCGUCACUCCUUUUUAGGCACCUAAUGGAGAAGCUCAGUAACUUCUAUAGACCUGCAAGCAUGGCAGCUCUCCAGGAGCAGGGCUGCCAAAGCCCUGCUUUAUAGCUUUGUUAGGAUUGGAACCAAGAUUGUGAGAGUGCCUUAUGUGAAUAUUUUGGGUGGGUGGGGUGGGGGUGGGUUAGGGAUUCAACGAUGGUAUUUGGCAAAAUAUUCAAAAGCCAGACCUGUCUACUACAGGAACUAUGUUGGUUUGCACCAACAGCUUAAGUGUUACAUGCUAAAUGGUACAGGAACUGACUACUGAUCCAUGUCAGUGUAGCAAAGUCUUUGGGGUAAAUGCAUCAGGCACAAAUGGUCCAGCAUGUGUGUUUGCCAUCCAAAGCUCCAUUGCAUGCAUCACUGCCAGGCUUGUACUCAUUUGAUGCUGUUUGCCUGAUAUUGAUAUGUUUACGUCUUUGACCCGUGGUUGUUGGCCUGGCCCUUGGCAAAAGUGUGGUCUUAAGUCUGCUCUAAUUCCAAACCUAUUCCAGAGGUGUGGCCAUUAAAGUGACAGUGUAGACUUUAAUAGAAAUUAGGUCAAUAUUGUUUUAUUUUAGUUGAGUGUUUCUGAUUUUCUUUUCCUGUUCUUUUGAAAAUACUGUAGUGUGACUUAUGACUUUGUUUAAAGGUAUAUAGACACUUUAUGGAAAUGGUGUAAAUGACAUGGAUGAAAAGUUCCUUAACUGGCUGUAUCCAUUAAAGGAACGAGGGUGAUCUCAACAUCUUUCAUUUUAAAUUUCUUUGUUUUAUUAUUUUUAUGGGUGCAGUUGUUUCUGCUUAUGCCGACUAAGUCUAAACCAUGACUCACAUUUCAUGGCAGUUUCUCCUGUAUCUGACUGAAUUGUGUGAUUGUUGCCUUCUCAGGCUGCUCAGUGGUUGAUUUCAUUUGACAAAAACAAACGUGGAAUGUGUUCCAUUUUGACAUAGACUGCUCGUAUCAGGAAAUUCCAUAAAUGCCUUGCAAAAAUACCUGUGCUAUCAUUUUUAGUUCAUUUCAAACAAAUUUGAUGUCAAAAUACAUGCUCCUCGCCCAUGAUUGCUGUAUGUUACGAUGUUCUUGUCACUGGCUACUGUAUCUACUGUUGUUGCUUAGAGGGUCCACCGAAAGGAGUCUGAACAGAAUGAAGCUUUGCACAUGUUCAUGAAGUUGCUCUCUGGUUGUUCAGAUACUCUUGAAUGGAGUGCAAGCUUAAAUGUUACUGACAUUGAAUUUGUUGCUGUGCUUGCUCUGUGUACCAUGAAACAUUUUUUUUUUUUUUUUUGUAUUUUAUGUUUGUUAAAUGCAGUCAUUGUCCAUUGGGACAGUGGUUGACUAAGGAAACUGUAAUGGUUAACAGAUACAAACAUAAUGUUGUAUAGCAUUUUGAGUUCAAGUGGCCAUGUGGUUUGUUAGCCACCAGUACCCAGCAGAACUCAGUGGCGUGUGGCCAUAAUGUGCGUUUGAAGUUGGAUUUUAGCCCUGUUUUACUUGUAAACUUGGGGUAUUUUGUGGCUUCUGAGCAACUCUAUACAUCUCUGAUUUUAUAUUAAUUUUGUCAUGCAUUUUAUGUUCUGCCAUGCUACAUUAGCCAUUUGAACAUUAUUUUUCCAUGUGAAGUAAUAUAAUUGUCCAUGUUCCUUUUUAAGAAUGCUCUCUUUCAAAUGAACAUUUCCCUCAUUACUACCAUGUAGGGCAAAACCAUUUUGUGAUGGUGUGGGGGUUCAAACAUAGUGUUUUGACCUUAGGGGCAGGAGCCUGGAAACCAGGCUUGUUCAAAAUUCCAGAAUUGAAUUGAAACUGGCUCUUAAAUUCCAAUUCAGUUCUUGAAUUUCACUUGCAUUUCAAUUGAGGUAGCAAACAGGCAGCGGAAUUGCAAUUCGAAUUUUGCACAACCCUGCUGGAAACAUAAACUUCAUCAUCACAUCAUCAUCCCUUGGCUUUAUUUCACAUGAUGUUCAGUGAUGACGUACAGACAAUGGCGUACCAGUGAUCACGCCUCACAAUAGCGGCCUCAGCAUCCACAGGAAACGUGUUGAGAGUGGUAUUUUGGUACUGUGGCAUUUCUGUGUAAUGUCUGAAUGGAUUUAGAGACUUGAGUGUUCUAGCUCGACUGCACACUUGCAUGUUAUCGAUACAGAGUCAAGACUCUACGUCAAUCUCCUGUACUAUAUACAGUUACUGGUACCACUGUAUGCACAGUGAAUAAAUUGAACAGAAUAAAUUAUAUACAUGGGUAUUCAA